AUGAUUGAUAGACCCGAGUGGAGUCUGUGCAAAAAGAAGAAGAAAAAAACAUCUGUGUCUCACUCAAAAUACGACCUCAAAAAGCUAGUAGACCGCCCUCUGUUCGAGUACGUAUCCACCCUACCCAGCCCAGCCCAGCCCAGUCCAGCGCCAGCAUUCUCUGCAAAUACCCAUGUUGGAAGCCAAAAUGUAAGAGAGGGAUGUCCGAACAAUACGCAGCAAUCGUGUGUCAUCAAGGACUCCCAGGAGAGUGUGUUUUGGUCCAGGAUGUUUGGUGGCAAGUUGGUAGGCUCGGCUGCAUCUCGUAUGGAUGCCACAUGGAAGCGUCCUUAUACUCAAUACAGUAUAUCCAUGAGCAACAUGCACAUGGCAGCAACCAGCCUGCCUGUUAAAAUGACAUGGAAGGAAAAGCCUUCGUCAGCUUCUCCCCAAAGUUCCGAGUGCCGGAAAAGCCCUAACUUGACUGCCACUUUCCCCUUGGGCGUAGGUAGUUACUACUUUACUCUAGUCUGUGGAUCAGGUAGUCAGUCCGUCCUCCGGUACCGAACGGCGCAGAAACUAGUCAUCCAGGCCCAAAACCUGGGAAGAGUUCAAAGAGCUCGCCUCCCAAGUCUCAAUAUGGACAAUGGACUUGACCAAGAAAUCGACAUUCAACUAGCUCGCCACCAUGAUUCCGCAAAUCACAUCGUUUCUUUUCCUUCGCUCUUGGGAACGGACCAGACAUCAUCAUCAUCAUCAUCAUCAUCACCAUUAUCCGUCGUCUACUAG